GCCACCCCUUCUCUAUAUGGCCUGGUGCUCCGCGGACAUGCUCCCAGGGUCCUCACUAAAUGCACAAAGCAAGAUAUCCCAGUCUAUACCUUAGCGGUUGUUCUCGCCUUUCCUUUCCUCUCUUUACUCCAGGUCCUCAACGGGGUAUUGAUCGUUUUGACCUAGCUGAUCGACCUUAUUACGGCCGGUGCGCUUAUAGACUACUUGGCCAUAUGUAUCACCUACCUCUGUUCUACCGGAGCUUCAAGUGCAAGAAUUCGACCGGAAGCUAUUCCCAUAAACCGGUUGGCUUCAGCCUUACUGAACGUGGAUUGGUGUCGUCGCCACUACUAUUCUUAUUUGUCUCUUCUACGGCUACAUUUCCUUCGCACCCUGAAACGUCGAGUCCCUUUUCCAGAAUUACACCAUGCAGAUUGUCGCUCCAAUCCUCCAAUUUUGCUGGAAAUUCAUCAAACGGACUCAUUGAGUCAGACGGGCUGCACUGGGACUUGAUCUGGGAGCGACUUAUUGUCCACACGUACGAGGCAGGCUGUAUCCAUCCCCCUGGCGGGUUCUGGAUCGAGGUGAGACAGCUGUUCUCCAGAUUCUUUCAGAGGAGAGAAAAGAAGAGCGAGGACGAUGCAACA